AUGACGAUUAUGAUGAUACACUUGAAGAAAAUACUGAGGAGACUUGUGAACAUCUAUGUGUUUAUAGAGGAAAGUGUGAGCUGUGAAAGGCUAGCAUUCAAGAACGUUCAUCGGGGUAUGUGGUUGUGGCUUAACAAAGAAGAAAUGGAUCGGAUUCGGAAGGUCGAGUCAGAGAAAUUGUUAGAAGAUAAGAAGAUGGUUUUGGUUCUUGAUCUAGAUCAAACUCUGAUUCAUUCAACAGAACAAGAAAAAUAUCUGAGAACCCCUCAAGAACUCAUGCAACAUGAGUUAAGGGAUAGCCUAUUCCGUCUGAGUCGACCUUGGGAAAAGAUGAUGCUCAAGUUGAGACCUUUUGUUCAUACUUUUCUGAAAGAAGCGAGUACCAUGUUUGAGAUUUAUAUGUGUACAACGGGUACACGAAGCUAUGCGUUGAAAGCGACUGAGUUUCUUGACCCUGAAAAUUUUUACUUCAAGUACUCAAGAAUCAUUGCACGUGAAGAUUUAUUUGAAACAGACGAAAAGAAUCUUGAUCUUGUGCUAAGGGAGCAACGCAUGGUUCUUGCUCUUGAUGAUACCAAGAGCGUGUGGAGAAAGAAUGAAGUAAACUUGAUUCUUGUUAAGAAGUAUCAUUACUUUGAUUCAGAUGAUGACUUGAGUCAUGUAUCUCUUUCUGCAUCGGAAACUGAUGAAGAUGAGGCCACUGGCACCCUCCCCGCUGUUCUCGAAGAACUUAAAGUAAUACACAGACUGUUUUUCAACCCAAAAUUUGAAGCUGGUUUAAGUCAUAGAAAUGUUGGAUUCAUAUUUGCUCGCCGUAGCGUUCUCCGAGGGUGUACAUUAUCCUUCAAACAUAUUUUCCCUUCAGAUUUUAUGCGUGAAAAUUCGCGUCUCUGGCUGAUGGCGGAGGAGUUAGGGGCCAAAUUUUCAAUGGAUAUUUUGUUAUACCCCAUCACACAUAUGGUCACUUGGUUUGCCACAGCGGAGGAGUUUCAGAAGGCAGAGCUGGAAGAAUUUAUUUUGAUCCAUCCAAAGUGGCUACGUGCUUGCUACUAUGCAGUCAGUAGGGUAUCUGAUUAA